GUGAAACCGUGCCCGGUGCGGCAUGCUUCCAGCUUGCCCAGCUCCAGUCGCCCCAUCCUAACUGCCACAAACAUGGCCAUUUCCCACCUCCCUUCCUCCGGCAUGAUCCCUUCUUGAUCCAACCACUCCUUUCC